AUUUCCCAUUUUCUGUAACACGUGAUCAGCUGGUCAGACUGUUUGACACGCCUCUGGGGCUGAUAAAGUCUACUACACAUAACUAAUAGUAUUAAUGUUCACAAGCUUCAGCCACUCUUCUCACGAGGGUACUUUACUUCAAGACUUCAACGUACACAGUCGUGCCUGACAUCUGCAAAAUGUUGAAACCUAGAACUCUAACUCAGAUACUUAGUCAGGCUAAUACUGGUGGAGUACAAAGUGCUUUGUUGUUAAAUUUAGAAGGGGCACUGUUGGCAUUCAGUGGAUAUGGCGAUCGUGAUGCUCGGGUUACUGCUGCUAUUGCAAGUAAUAUCUGGGCAGUUUAUGAUAAGAAUGGCAGAAAUGCCUUUUCCGAAGACAGACUAAGUAUGGUACUAAUGGAAUGUGAGGAUGGAAAAGUAUGUGUGACACAAGUUGCAAACCUCCUUCUCUGCAUCUAUGCCAAGGACAGUGUAGGCUUUGGUUUACUUCGGGCCAAGACAAAUGCUCUUGCCAAGUAUCUGGAUGGACCCUUACGGCAGGUUGCAGCAGCAUGAACGCCAUCCCUGUGUAUUAUAUUAUUAAUUAUAUUUUCAUUAAACAGUACUGUACCUGUACUGCAUUAUUGCCGGAAUCAUUUUCUCUUGUAAUUUGAAGUGCAUUAUUUAAGAUCUACAAAUCAUAUAGAUAAAAUAAGAAUUGUAUUUUCUGAUGAUUAAACUGAAAUUAGUUAGCAUUCUGAGACUGCUUAGUCCCUCUUUGCUAACACACAUCCCUUCUUAUUUUUUUGUUAAUCAUUUUUAUCAUAAUAGGAAGUAUUACAGGGUCCAUCCCUAGAUGAAAUGUUUCAUUAUAUGUGAGAGUUGAAUGUUUCUCAGGAGAUUAUGUGGGCAACCUUCUUCUGCCUGAAAAUAAAAAAAAAUGAUUUAA